UCCAGACCGAGGACAACUCACAUGUGGUCGCUGUGGCUCGUUUCGCUCAAGCACUACUGGUAAAGAUCCAAUCAAUCAAUGAACACAGCUUUAACAACUUCGAUCUACGCAUAGGGAUUAAUGUUGGUCCGGUGGUUGCUGGUGUCAUUGGGCUCAUGAAACCACACUACGACAUCUGGGGUAAUUCAGUAAACGUGGCUAGUCGCAUGGAUUCUUCUGGAGUACCUGGGAAAAUUCAGGUAAAUAGAAACCCUAGGUAUCUUCACUCCCACCUUCUUGAUACCCAAACUUUAAAAAAAAACUGCCACACUUUGGAAUUCUUUGUUUGA